CAGCCCUUGAUAAUAUUAUCCAUUGAUUCAAACCUCGAAAUUGUUAUUAUCUUAAAGCGACAUAAGAUCCGAUUCGUCUACAAACAACAUUGAACUAACACGUCAUAAACCCAAUUACCUCUCCUACUGAAUCACGGAACAUGAUCGCGUCAACAUGAAUCUGUUACUUUCUGACGAUUAUCUACUUCAGGAUUAUCCUGAGAAUAUCACCAACACAAUCCGAUCAGGUCACACAACAUGCCUACGAUUCAAUCGAAAAGGUGACUACCUAGCUUCGGGUCGUGUCGAUGGCACUGUGGUGGUUUGGGAUUUGGAGACCAUGGGUGUGGCGCGGAAGUUGAGAGGUCAUAGAGCGGCUAUAACUUCACUUAGUUGGUCUAGAUGUGGUCGUUAUUUGUUGUCCGCCUGUCAAGGUUGGAGAGCAGUUCUGUGGGAUCUACAAGAUGGGACCAGGUUUCGAGAAGUGCGAUUCCGUGCGCCCAUUUACACGGCAGAUUUGCAUCCUUGGAAUCAUCAAAUGUUCGUAGCAUCCAUAUUCGACGAACCUCCAUCGCUAGUCGACAUGACCGGUCCGAGCGACGUUAAACAUACACUCCCCUCUGCGCCAAAGCGUACUAAUACCGACGCCGACGCAGCGACCAAGGAGAAGCAAGCGAAAGAAGAUGCAAAACAAAUGACUACGGCGACAGUGUGGACAGCCACUGGAGACCAUAUCCUCGCGGGUACAAAUAAGGGUCGCAUCAACAUUAUAGACGCUACAACUCGCGAGAUUAUAUGGUCAGAGAAGAUAUGUAGUUCUGUAGUAACUACGUUACGAUUAACGGGAUCUGGGCGUGAAUUACUAGUUAAUUCUCAAGAUCGUAUCAUCAGGACUUUCCAUCUACCGAACCUCGCAGCAGAAGACCUCGACCCAGAUACGAUACAGAUGCCACUCGAACACAAAUUCCAGGAUGUCGUUAAUAGACUUUCUUGGAACCACGUCACAUUCAGCGCCACUGGAGAAUACGUAGCCGCGUCUACGUAUAACAAUCACGAAUUAUAUAUAUGGGAACGAAACCAUGGUAGUCUGGUUCGAAUGUUGGAGGGCCCCAAGGAGGAACAGGGCGUCAUUGAGUGGCAUCCGCACAGGGCCGUAUUAGCCGCCUGCGGGCUUGAAACCGGUCGCAUUUACAUUUGGUCGGUAACUACGCCGCAGCGCUGGUCGGCGUUGGCACCGGACUUCGUCGAGGUGGAGGAAAAUGUCGAGUACAUAGAGAAGGAGGACGAGUUCGACAUUCAUCCCCAAGAGGAGAUCAAUAAGCGCAGGCUGGAUCAGGAAGACGAGGACAUUGAUGUAUUGACCUUAGACCCGAGUAAAGGUUACGACGAGGAUAUCGAUGGCGCGGGAUUUCGAAUGCCAGUAUUAUUCAAUCUCGGCGAGAGUGAUAGCGAAGAGGAGUUCGUGGCGGUAUCGACAGGUACCGUGCGUCGCAGAAGCCUAGGCGAGGGUCAAGAGGGCGAAGCUCCCGACGAGGAGAAAGUAGCCGGAGGUAAGAAGGUUGCUGGGAGGGGUACAAGAGGCAGGAAGAAGUAGAGUAGCAACAAUCUGUCAAUACCAAAGAUAUUCAGUAUACUUGAUUGCAAUGAAAAAUGACAUGAAAAUCCUAAGCAUAUCCAUUUCUACCAAUCGUUUCUAGCUGUUUCUGUGUCUAGUAGGGGAAUAUCUAACAAGGUGAAUAAAUAAAGGUACAUAGAGGUAUAUAAUGUUAGCUAUCCCUAGACGUAUUCAAGUAUUUAGUACCUGAUACCUAGCCAUAUGCAAUGCCGAUCCGCGCAGUCCGCGGCAUACAAUCGCACUUGCCAAUUGAUUCAUCGGCUACCGGGUAGUUGAUGUAGCUAAUAUGUACGAGAUAGUUGCACUGUAUGUAGCAC